UUGUAUUCAAUUGGAACAAAGCUAAGUUCAAGUGUUUAAACGACAUUUUCUGGCAACUUUAAGGGUGUUAAUAUGUAUUUGGCCAAUUUACAAAGAGAAUUCAAAGGCUCAAGCUUGAACUUCUUCAACCAGAUAGUUAAAUUGCUACCAUUCCAGUCUACGGCGUAGAAGUGGAAGGAAACGAAGGGAAGAAAUGGCUCAAAGAACAAAUCAAUAGAUGCUCUAAUUACAAAUGGGAUCUUGGUUACGUUCCUUUUUCACUCCAGCCGUGAAUUGGGUCCCCGUUCAAAACCUCCAAAAAUACGGGUCUGUUUUGAAUAGCUUCCUACCAGGCAUCCUGGCAAAUGAGGAGGCAACAAAAAGGUCAUUGCAAGAUGACACAUCACAAAACGUUGAAGACGUACAGAAAAUCAUAGGGUACCACUUUAAUGAUCAUAAUUUACUGUGGCAAGCUUUUACACAUCCGUCGUAUGAUAGGGACUGUAUAUCUUAUGAGCGGCUCGAGUAUGUGGGUGACUCGGUUCUUAACCUUAUGAUCACAAAACAACAGUUUUCCAAAUAUCCAAAUCUCCCACCUGGGUUGUUGUCACCUCUACGUGCUGCAAAUGUUGACACGGAGAAGCUUGCACGUGUUGCUGUUAAGCAUAGCUUCCACAAGUAUUUACGGCAUGGAAGGCCUAUCCUUACACGACGAAUUCAAUCAUUUAUAAAUGUUCUUCCGGAGUAUCCAUUGCAUUCCCAUGGAUUAAUAAAUGCUCCGAAGGUGCUUGCUGAUGUUGUUGAAUCAACAAUAGGCGCAGUAUUCAUUGAUAGCAAUUCUUCAAUUGACACUACCUGGGAGGUAGCGAAGACUCUAUUAGAGCCCAUAAUUACACCGGAAAUGCUUCAAACAAAUCCGGUGAAGAAGCUCCAUGAGACCUGUCAGAAGCAUAAACUUAAAGUUCGGGUAGUCGAUAUGUGGUCACAUGAUGGGAGUUUUGAAGUUUUUAUUGACAAUCAACUAAGGGGAAAAGGCAUGUGCCAUGUAAAGAAAGAAAUUGCAUUGAACAGAGCAGCAAACAGGGCAUAUAAUGAAGUUAUUAGAAUGCUUAGUGUUGACAAUAUGAAGAUUGCUAAUACUUAGCUAAUAAUCUGGGCUUAGAAAUAGAAUUAUUUGUCUCUA